UCAUGUUGUGCUGCCGUCUGCCUCACAAGCAGCUAAGACUCUUCCACAAUAAACAGCACCAGAGUUUUUGAAGCUGGAAAUGCAUUCGUUUUUAUUUGAAAUCUACAAUUAUUGAUGCAGUGUGCAGGGGCAACAUUUGGUUUUUGAAGCAAUGUGUUCCCCUCGUUCUCUUCACUUCACAUGGAUCAUCAUCGUAUGUUAUUUUCUGACAUGGCCUCACCAUUGCUUGGCCUCCCACAAGAAGACGUCCUGCAACGUGCAAGACGGCAGAGCGGACUGCAGCCACCUCAGCCUCAGUGCCAUCCCUCCGAACCUGCCGGGGAACAUCUCCAGCCUGGACAUGUCCCACAACCGACUGGUGGGGAUUCCCCCUGCGUCACUCAACCCCUACCCAGGGCUCCUCCACCUCGAUGUCAGCUACAACAGUGUCACGAAGCUGGACGAGCAUUUGUGCCAGACGCUGCCGCUGCUGCAGACGCUGAACACCCAACAUAAUGAAGUGCACUUGCUGAAGGAGGAGGAUCUGAGUCACUGUACGAGCCUAACAUGGUUGAAUAUGGCGAGUAAUAGGCUAAAGCUACAUGGGGAGCCCUUCUCUGCACUAAAGAAUCUGAAAUCUCUCGAUGUUUCCAUGAACAAAAUGGUGUCAGCCAAGCUCAGCUCUCGGCCUCAGCUGCCCAAACUGGUGUCCCUCAAUCUGGCAUUGAACGAUUUCACCACACUGAAGAAAGAAGACUUCUAUUUCCUUGAAAAUUCAGCACUCCAAGUCCUUGAUCUCUCAUCCGUGCCUCUAAAAACAUUGGAGCCUGGUUGCCUUAAGCCCAUUUCAGGCCUGCGUACUUUAAUCAUGGAUGGGAGCAAUAUGGGUGCUCAGGUUCUUUCCAAACUCUGCUCUGAGCUGUCGGAGACAUCUAUCGAUGCCUUGUCUCUACGAAAAAAUAACCUGGUCACACUCACAAACUUGACCUUUGCAGGGCUGCAGAAAGGAAAUCUAACCUUUCUGGAUCUGUCCCAUAACAGCAUGGGGAAAAUACUGGAAGGCUCAUUUCAGUGGCUCCCCAGACUUCAGACUCUAAUUUUGGCUGACAACAAUAUCAAGCACCUGACCAAGGCCACGUUUCAGGGGCUCAAAAGUUUGACAAAACUCACACUGACAAAAGCCCUGGUGAAAGGUCGAACCUCCGCCACCCCAAUAAUAGAUGAUUUCUCUUUUCAACCAUUAAGCACCCUGGAGAGUUUAAUGUUACAGCAAACUGCAAUUCGGGAAAUCACAGCACAAACAUUUACAGGCUUGACAAGUCUUAAAGAGCUUGAUAUGAGCUGGUGUAGUUGCAUAUCACUCCGAGAUAUCACCAACAAAACUUUAUUGUCACUUGCAGGAUCGCCUCUCAGAAAACUAAAUCUGACAGCAACAGCUAUGACAAACAUAAAUCCUGGAAGCUUCUCCUUUUUGACAAACCUCACCAAUCUUCUUCUAGAUUUAAAUUACUUACAGCAAACUCUCACUGGAAAAGAGUUUGAAGGCCUGGGUCAGAUUCAGGAGAUUCACAUGACCUACAACCACUGGAAAAUCCAGCUGAGCUCCACCUCAUUCAUCAAUGUGCCCAACCUUAGGGUCCUGACAUUGGGAAAAAGUCUGAACAGCAAUGCUUUGAAUCUGGAUCCAUCACCAUUCCAGCCCCUGUCCAACCUCACCUACCUGGAUCUCAGUAACAACAACAUCGCAAACAUCAGACAGGAUAUGUUGGAAGGGCUUGAGAACCUGAAGGUGCUGAAGCUCCAACACAACAAUUUGGCGCGGUUGUGGAAGCACGCCAACCCAGGUGGGCCGGUGAUGUUUCUGAAAGGGGCAGCAAAGUUGAUGACCUUAUGGUUGGAUAACAACGGGCUGGAUGAGAUCCCAGAGGAGGCUCUGAAAGGUUUGAGCAACCUCAGGGAGCUAAGCCUCUCAAACAAUCUCCUCAACAGUCUGAAGGACUCUGUGUUUGAUGAUCUGAAGUCCUUGCGGGUUUUGCGUUUACAGAAGAACCUGAUCACAACUGUGAAGCCCGAAGUGUUCAGCACUCCCAUGAGCAACCUCAGCCUACUGGUCAUGGACAAAAAUCCAUUUGACUGCACAUGUGAGAGCAUCCUGUGGUUUGUGACGUGGUUGAACAACACAAACAUGACCAGUGUGCCAGACCUCAGCGACCAGUAUAUGUGCAACACUCCCCUUACCUACUUUAAUCACUCAAUCCUGAUGUUUGACACCCUCUCCUGCAAAGAUAUGACCCCAUUUCAGGCUCUCUACAUACUGAGCAGCACCGCAGUCUUGAUGCUGAUGGUAUCGGCGCUGUUUGUGAGGUUCCACGGCUGGAGGAUUCAGUUCUACUGGAACAUACUGGUCAGUCGCACGUUAGGAUUUAGUGAUGCCAGUGUUGAAGAGGGCAGGGAAUUUCAGUAUGACGCUUACAUCAUACAUGCAGAGAGGGACAGCAGAUGGGUGGAGAGAGUGAUGGUCCCCUUAGAGAAUGAAAAGUGCAGGUUCUAUUUGGAGGAUCGAGAUGCAGUCCCUGGGGUGUCGAUGAUCGAAUCCAUCAUGGAGAACAUGAGAAGGUCCAGGAAAAUCUUGUUUGUCGUCACUGAAAGUCUUCUCAGGGAUCCCUGGUGUAGACGAUUCAAAGCCCACCAUGCACUGCACCAGGUCAUUGAGGCCAGCAGGGACUCUGUGGUUCUGGUCUUCCUGCAGAAUGUGCACGACUACAAGUUAUCUCGCACGCUCUUCCUCCGCAGGGGCAUGUUGCGGCCAUGUUGUAUCUUGGAAUGGCCCGAAGAUAAGGAUAGGGUGCUGGCCUUUCACCAGAAACUCCUCAUUGCACUUGGUAUGACCAAUAGAUUCAAGGAGUGAACGUCUUUCUUUAAAGGUCCAGUGUGUAAGAUUUAGGUGAAAGGGAACUAUUGGCAGAAACUGAAUGUAGAAUAAUCCUCAUGAUGUUUUCACUCGUUCAUUUAAUCUAAAUUGUAUGAAUUGUAUGAAAAGAAAAAAAGCUCUUUAUAUUUAAAUACUUUAUAUUUACAUCAAGAGGACCCUCUCUACGGAGACUGGACAAACUAAACACCUUUUGAGUUUAUGACAAUUUAAGUCAACCAUAGGUUCUUUUUCAUGUUUGGAAGGAGAGGGUGAGGUGAGGGGUGUUCAGCUGCAACAUGCAACUUCAACACUAGAUGUCACAAGAUUCUACACACUGAACCUUCAAUAGUAAUGGAAAAAUUCCACUUGUAAUAAUAGGUUUGUCCAGUUUUACCCAAUUGCUUGAAGUUGCUCAUUAUUUUGUCCUUUGUAAGAAUGCAUGAAACAUCAUACAUGAUAUAUAUACACACAAUGUAUAUACUGUAUAUGAAAACAUUUGGUUUCUGUUGUUUGUUUUGUGUUUGUUCUU